AUGAACGACGAGGACCGGGACAUUGUGCGAGCCGAACGCGAUGCCGAUCCAGAACGCUUUCGAAACUAUUUCCGCGAACCGGCCAACGAGGAGGCAGAAUCCGUCCGCUCGUCAGGGAGCUCGUCCACCCAUGAUGCUCCACCGAGCAGUCGACGCACGGCGUCCAUGGCCUCCCGGACAUUCACGAGAACCAGCACCCAAAUCGAAGAUAACUUUAUGCAUUACCUCGACCGGCAUCCCACGGCCAUUCAGCGUAUGCAAGACCAUCGACUUCAGCAUUCGCAGACAGUGGGUUCCUCCAAGAGGGCCCCCGUCGACACCUCCCAAUUGCCCAGUUUCGGUGGGAACAAGCCUUACCCACCCCCCUUGCCACCCUCGGAAGACUAUGUGGUCGAGUUUGAUGGCCACGAUGAUCCGAGGCACGCUAUGAACUGGCCGACCAACAAGAAGCUAUAUGUUUCCGCCAUCUUGAUAUUCGACUCUCUCGCUGCGACCUUCGCCUCUUCCGUGUUCUCGCCCGCAGCAACCUUUGUGGAAGAGGAGUUUGGCAAGAGCCGCGAGGUCGUCGUUUUGUGCACGUCGCUGUUUGUCCUGGGCUACGCAAUUGGUCCUUCCAUCUUCGCUCCCAUGAGUGAGCUUUACGGCCGAAAAACUCCCAUUGUCAUUGCCGCGUUUGCAUUCGGAAUCUUUAAUAUCGGCGUGGCUGUCGCGAAAGACUAUCAGACCUUGAUUCUGUGCCGCUUCUUUGCUGGACUUUUUGGAAGUUGUCCCCUCGCAGUGGUCGCUGCUGUUUUUGCCGAUAUGUACUCUAAUCAAUACCGUGGUGUCGCCGUCACUGCCUUCAGCGGAACGGUCUUCAAUGGCCCUUUUAUGGCGCCUUUUAUAGGUGGUUUUAUCGCCAAAUCAUAUCUGGGCUGGCGCUGGUGUGCUUAUAUUCCAGCGUUCAUGGGCUUCACUGCGGGCACCCUUGCUCUCCUCUACCAGGAGGAAUCUUAUGGCCCCGUGAUCCUCGUCAGCAAAGCCUCUGAGCUUCGUCGUCUCACCAGGAAUUGGGGCAUUCACGCCAAGCAAGAGGAAGUUGAAGUCGACCUCCAGGAGCUUGCUGUCAAGAACAUUGCUCGUCCAUUGCGCAUACUCUUCACAGAGCCCAUUGUCCUACUGAUUACGAUUUACAUGAGCUUUCUGUACGGGCUCCUCUACCUUUCGCUGACAGCCUAUGGCAUAGUUUUCAACCAGAUCUAUGGCUUCAGCUUAGGAGUUUCUGGUCUCCCAUAUUUUGGAUUGAUCGUGGGCGUCGGAAUUGGUAUCGUGCUGAACUUGAUUGACGUCCCGAGAUAUACCAAAAAGCUCGCAGCGAACGAUAAUAUACCAGUUCCAGAGUGGCGACUACCGAUCGCCAUGGUGGGCGGUAUUACCUUCACGAUUGGAUUGUUCUGGUUUGGCUGGACAGCAAAAGCUAGCAUUCCGUGGAUUGUUCCUACUCUCGCCGGUAUAUUCAUCGGUUUCGGACUGUUCACCGUUUUCCUGGGGUGCUUGAACUAUAUCAUUGAUGCAUAUCUGAUGCUCGCGGCUUCGGCGAUCGCUGCCAAUACGAUCAUGCGAUCGCUAGCCGGUGCCAUAUUCCCGUUGUUUGCCACCUAUAUGUUCGAUGGCAUUGGGAUCGAUUGGGGCAUGACACUUCUCGGAUGUUUCGCUGCGCUUUUCAUUCCCAUGCCAUUCAUAUUCUAUUUCUUCGGAAAACGAAUCCGAGCCCGAUCAAAAUUCGCUCCUGCGCCUGAUAUUGAAAAGGACAAGGAAAAGCGCCGUGAUGAAGAAGAAAGUGGAGGAGGAGGAGGAUCUUCUUAGUGGUAGGUGGUAGGUAGUAGGUGGUUAAGAAACAGUACACCGUACGACCGACCAAUCGAGAGACAGACGGACAGUGACACGUUAAUAAAAAAAAGGAGGAAUGAAAAUUCAUUGUCGAUGCUCCUCGCCUCACCUCACCUCACCUCAUCUCCCUCCUUCCUCUUUCUUGUGCUUGGGGUAUAGAGGAAUAAAAUAGCACUUUUGUCACACCACGGAGAGAAGAGGGAGAUGUAUAGGUAGAUGAAAAGAUAAAAUGAUAAAAU